AUGGCAAGAUUACAGAAGAGGGGUUGGGAAACUGUCCUGAAUGCAAAGUAUAUCUUGGUUGCGCUCCAUCGAAAAAACUCAGAUUUAAAAGAACAUGGACUUGAGAAGUAUGUGGGCAAUAUGGGUGAUGAGUUGUCAAUCAACUAUGUUUUCUUGUUUAAUGGAGAGAUACUGUGGAUGGUUUUGCAAAAUGUGUUUCUGUUAAAAUACAGUGUUGGAUCAUUGGCCGACCAUAGUGUGCAACAUAUGAAGGCUUCAAUCUUUGAUUCCUUUAAAAGAAGAGAGCCUAAUCCUUUGCUUACUACAAUAGAGUCAAUGGAACCUGAAGUUAUGCCCACUAUUCCAUUGCUUUCCAGAAGUAAGGAAAGAUCUCUCUCUUCCUUGGUUAGCCAACCUAAGGCAUCAAAUAGGGCUGCAAUGAGUAGAAGAAAGAAAUCCUUGCCAAGAAAGUUCCUUGCUUCACGAGGAUCCACUUUAUCCAUUGAGGAGCUAAUGAAGAACAGGGAAGCCAUUCCCGAGAACUCAAGCCCUCUUGUGACUCUAACCAAGAUUGCAGAAAAUAAAAAGCCGAAUUUCUGUGCUGGUGAGUCAUCUAAGCAAAAUGUGCCUUGUGAAUGUGCAAAGGCCCCUGUUGAGCCAUUGGAAGGUAUGACUGCUCUGUGGAAACCUUUGAAUUGUCUUGUAGAAACUGCAGGUAUAACAAAGCCCGACAAGUCUAUUUUGCAAGAAUCUGUGGCAAAUUCAGCACUGCCCAUUGUCCAUGAAGAUGAAGAAAAUGCGAACAAAAUUACCAAAUUGAAGGAACGAGCUAAUAAAUCUAAAGUCAACAAUGAUGAGGGUCGACCAAUUCCCGUGCCAUCAGGUUCAGAAAAACCUAAAAAGAAUCAUAGGGGUCGACCAAAACGAGCUAUGGCCACUGAAGGGACAAAUAUUGCACCACAAGCUGUGGUUAAUGCUGCAAGCACUAUGUGCUAUAGAAAAGUUCAUCCAAUUUGGCUGUCCUUGAUUCCUUCUGAUGCUCAGUUAGGUUCUACUAGUUUUUUUGAAUUUACAAAUUACAAGUAUAAUUAA